AUGCUGUGGGUGCAAUCAAGCUCUAGUGGACGUACUCUAGUUCAGCAAAACCACGAGGACUACCAAGAGGACUAUCGCCACGAUCACCGCGACGACGACGACGACGACGACGACGACGACGAACACUACAGCGAGCGCUUGCCACGCAUCAUGGAGGCACCGCGCACCUCGGCCAAGCAGCAGGUCGUGGACCGCAUCCCCGCGCGCAUCAAGCACAUCCAGUUCGGCAUAUACUCGAACCAGGACAUUGUCAACCAGGCCGUCCUCGAAGUCUCGGACCGCAAUGUCUACGACCUCGCCCCCGCUGCCAACAAUGAGCGCACCCUCACGGCCAACGGGCCCAUGGACAUUCACAUGGGCAUAUCGAGCAAGACGGGCACCUGCGGCACCUGCGGAGAGGGCCUGGACAAGUGCAACGGCCACUUUGGCCACAUCAAACUGGCCCUGCCGGCGUUCCACGUCGGCUACCUCAAGCACAUCAUCGAAGUGCUAAACUGCAUAUGCAAGGACUGCUCACGAGUCUUGCUGGACGAGACGGAGCGGAGAAAGUACCUGCGGAGCAUGCGCAGACCCGACAUGGACACGCUGCGCCGCACCGCCAUAUCCAAAAAGAUUCUCGAAGACUGUCGCAAAAAGAAGACGUGCCCGUACUGCGGUGCCCUCCAGGGUACCGUGCGCAAGGUGCCCGCUCAUCCCCUCAAGAUUAUCCACAACCGCUACGAUGCCUACAAUCGCUCUACCGCCAAGCAAAAGAAGGCCCCAGCCGGCAAGAUCGAAUUCGACCAGUCGUUCGAGGCGGCAAAAGCGGCCAACCCAGAUCUCGACAAACACUUGAAAAAGGCCGUGGAUGACAUGCACCCGCUGAGAGUGCUGAACCUGUUCAAGAAGAUCUCGCCAGAAGACUGUGAAUUGCUGGCCAUGAUACCCGAGGAUGCUCGACCCGAGAUGUUGAUUUGGGAAUACAUGCCUGUGCCCCCAGUCGCCCUUCGACCCUCGGUCAUGCAGGAAGGUGGUGCGACCGAAGAUGAUGUUACCAACAAGAUUGGAGACAUUUGCCACAUCAGCAGCAUCAUACGCGCUGGCCUGGCCCGAGGUUUCCCUCUGCAGAUUCUUAUGGAGCAGUGGGACUUCUUGCAGCUGCAAAUCGCCAUGUACAUCAACAGCGACGCCCCUGGCCUGAAACAGCAAGGUCUGCAAAAGACGAUGAGAGGUUUCUCCCAGAGACUCAAGGGCAAGGGAGGUCGCUUCCGCCAGAAUCUGUCGGGAAAGCGUGUCGACUUCUCAGGACGUACCGUUAUUGGCCCGGAUCCAAAUCUCAGUAUUGACGAGGUCGCCGUACCGGAGCGCAUUGCCAAGAACCUGACGUAUCCCGAGAAAGCAACGAGAUACAACAUUGACAAGUUGAGGAGACUGGUCAAGAACGGUGCCAACGAGUACCCUGGCGCCAAUUACAUCUUGACGGAUGAAGGUCCCAAUAAGGACAGAGGCAAAAUCUCCCUCAUUGCCCUUUCGCGCCAUGCCAAACGUGGUGAAAAGCUCGAGGGGCCUGCUAAGCGGCUCAAGAUUGGCGACAUCGUCGAGCGUCACAUAGAAGAUGGUGACAUUGUUCUCUUCAACAGACAACCCUCCCUACACAAGCUCAGUAUUCUGAGUCAUCGGGCCAAGAUACGACCGUGGCGGACCUUCCGACUCAAUGAGUGCGUCUGUAAUCCCUACAAUGCUGAUUUCGAUGGUGACGAAAUGAAUCUGCACGUUCCUCAAACCGAAGAGGCCCGUACUGAGGCGACCGAACUCAUGGGAGUCAAGUACAAUUUGGCCACACCCAAGAACGGAACACCCAUCAUUGCUGCCAUUCAAGAUUUCAUCACCGCGGCCUACCUACUGAGUAAUAAGAACAACUUCUACGAUCGACGGACCUUUUGUCAGAUCGUCAACUACAUGUUCAACGGCGAUGGGGCUUACGACCCGGACACCGGCUUGACACUCCCCAUUGAGAUACCACCACCUGUUGUAUGGAAACCGCAAGCUCUCUGGACAGGCAAGCAAGUAUUCAACUUGUUGAUGCGACCUAACAAGGCAUCAAGAGUGCUUGUCAACCUCGAGGCUGCCUGCAAGCAGUUCAAGAACACGCCUGGCCAAAGCCCCGACCUCAACGAAAACGAUGCCUACCUCGUCAUUCGGAACUCUGAGGUUAUGUGCGGUGUCAUGGAUAAAGCCACGGUCGGCGACGGUAAGAAAGACUCGGUCUUCUAUGUCAUGAUGCGAGAUUUCGGUCCCGACCAUGCCGUGCAGGGCAUGAACCGCCUCUCUCGUCUUUCCGCACGAUGGCUUACCAAUAACGGCUUCUCUCUUGGAAUCAGCGAUGUUACCCCGGGCGAGAAGCUGGUGCAGAAGAAGCAGGCACUAGUAGAAGAAGCGUACGCAAAGUGCGACAAGCUGAUCAUGGAUUUCAAAGAAGGGAAACUACAGCGCGAUGCUGGUUGUGAUGAAGAGCAGACAAUGGAGAAUAGGAUCGGUGGUAUCUUGUCUGGCGUCCGACAAGCAGCUGGUGACAUCUGUUUUGAAGAGCUCAGCAGAUGGAACUCUCCGCUGUUGAUGGCAAAGUGCGGCUCCAAGGGGUCCAACAUCAAUGUCUCACAGAUGGUGGCUUCCGUCGGACAGCAAAUGAUUGGUGGUGCGCGUGUUGCUGAUGGAUUCCACCAUCGAACACUGCCUCAUUUCCCCAAGGCUGCACGUCAACCUGCGUCCAAGGGUUUCGUCAGUAACAGUUUCUUCUCGGGUCUCACUCCAUCUGAAUUCAUCUUCCACGCCAUGAGUGGUCGUGAAGGUCUGGUCGAUACAGCUGUCAAAACCGCCGAGACGGGAUAUAUGAGUAGACGGCUGAUGAAGUCCUUGGAGGACUUGUCGGCACAGUACGAUGACACGGUACGCAACUCGUCUGGUACCGUUGUGCAAUUCCAGUAUGGAGACGACAAUCUUGAUCCUGUGGAUAUGGAGGGCAAAGCCAAGCCUGUACAUUUUGACAGAACCUUUUCGCACGCAGUCACCUCCACUUGGGAUAACAGUGAGCCUACCUUGUCUCCAGGAGAGGUUCGAGAAUACACCGAGGCAAAGCUCAACGCGGAGCGUAACAAAUACCCGCGGUAUAAGCUUGAUGAUGUGACUAAGCUUGACUAUCGCGACAAGAGCGACGCUGGAAUCGACCAGAAGGAGUCUGUGCGCGACUUCCUUGACACUGUGCAAGACUACAUCUUCAAGAAAGCUGGGAAACUGGAAACCACUUUGGCGUACCUUGGGAUCACAGAACCCAAUGUGCCAAGGGAUGAACGGGACCUGGAGAAAUACAGUCUGGCCGAUGGAAUCGCAAAGAUUUCGCAACGCGCGCUCGAUGCUUUCAUCACUCUAUGUUUGACUAAAUACCACCGCUCACGCGUUCAGCCUGGACACGCCGUUGGAGCCAUCGGUGCCCAAUCUAUUGGAGAACCUGGUACGCAGAUGACGCUAAAGACUUUUCAUUUUGCUGGUGUUGCUGGCAUGUCCAUCACUCAAGGUGUUCCUCGUAUCAAAGAAAUCAUCAACGCUUCUUCCACCAUCUCCACUCCCGUCAUCACCUGCGAACUUUCCAACAAAGUCUCGGAAUCUGCUGCCCGUAUGGUCAAAGCGCGUGUCGAGAAGACGUAUCUCCGCGACAUCAUAUCCUAUGUGGAAGAUGUUUGGCACCCUAAUGGCGCAUAUAUUGCCAUGCGUAUUGACUGGGACACGGCCAACAAACUAUUCAUUGACGUGCAGCCCGGUGAAAUCAUAAGAGCAAUCAACAAACACAAACCGCUCAAAUGGGGCAAAGCUGGCGCUGCAGUACGCAUCUCAAACUCGCUGAUUCGCGUCGAGAUCCCCGACCCUGCAAGUGCAAAGAAACGUCCCGUCAAAACAACCAAGAACCACAAGGAAUUCUUCGAACGCGUACAACAUGUCAAGGCCCUCAUUCCCGACGUCGUAAUCAAAGGCUACCCAGACUGCACUCGUGCCAUCAUCAAGAAGGAUUCAUCGCCCAAUGCCCAAGGAGAAUACGAAUGCCAGUUGCUCGUUGAAGGGUACGGAUUCCGCGAGUGCAUGACGACGCCUGGCAUCGAACCCUAUAAAACCAAAUCAAAUCACAUCAUGGAAGUCCGCACUGUCCUGGGGAUUGAAGCAGCCCGGGCCACCAUUGUCCGCGAAAUCGGGGAUGUGAUGGGUAACAUGGACAUUGACCCGCGCCACAUGCAGUUGUUGGCUGAUGUGAUGACGUUCAAGGGCGAUGUAUACGGUAUCACACGCUUUGGACUGCAGAAGACGAGGGACAGUGUGUUGCAGCUGGCCAGUUUCGAGAAGACGCCUGAUCAUCUUUUCGAGGCGGCUGCGAGGGGCAAGACGGAUACUAUCGACGGUGUUUCAGAAUGCAUCAUCAUGGGCCAAAGCGUCAAGCUGGGCACAGGUGCGAUGCAAGUCGUCAGACCCCUGGGACUCAAGAAGCAUCAUUUGCAGGAGAAGAAAUUGAUGUUUGAGGAUGGGUGGGAGGCUUUGUAA